CUUUUACCUUCUGCUAUGUCUCUACACUUUACCUUCUGCUAUUUUGACCCCAAAAAAAAUAAAAUAAAAUCCCUUUUCCUUCUGCGGUCUCUACCCUCGCGACCAGUUGGGGAAUCAGGUUUGGUCCAGAAUCAGAGGGCUAUUUCUCGUCAUCGGUUUCCUUAUGUAAAAUUCUUAUUCAUCAUCAGAGAGGCUGGGUCGUUGCAAGGAAAGGAGCAACCAGCAUACAAGUCUGCAGUAACAAUAUUAAUGGAUACCAGUAUAGUGGAUGAAGCCUCCUCUCCAUCCUCUUCAUCCUGCUCCACAAAUGAUGAGAUGUAUGAUGUGUUCUUGAGCUUUAUCGGCGUAGACUCACGCAAGACCUUCACGGACCACCUCUACUGGACAUUGAAAGACGCCAGAGUCGAUGUCUUUAUUGCUGAGAAUAAACUAAGAGGACCAAAACUGAUGCAAGCAAUUGAACAAUCCAGAAUCGCUGUCAUCAUCUUCUCAAGUGGGUAUGCAUUUUCCAUAGGGUGUCUUCAGGAGCUGGAGAAGAUCAUGGAGUGUAGAAGAACACUAGGGCAAAUGGUUUUGCCAAUUUUCUAUCAUGUUGAUCCUAAAAAUGUUGGGAAACAAAUCGAUAGUUUUCCAGUGAACCACCAUGGAGUUAAAGAUUGGGAAGAAAUGAUGCGGUCAUGGAGAAAAUCUCUAAUUGAGGCCACAAAUUUGUCCGGCCUUGUUUAUAUGAAGAGUGAAGGGUAACUACAUACUUAUUUCCAUCUUUGUUUAUUCUUUUCUUCUUUUUCUUAAUGUUUUUUCCCGACCUAUUUUUUGCAUACCACCACCAUGCAUUAUUUCAAUGAUUCCUUUUUACAAUAUUUAAGUGCCAAAAUCUUCUUUGGUUUU